AUCCAUAAACUGAUAAGACGGUGGAAAUUUUCGAUAUAACAGGAUGCAUUAUUUUCUUUUUCUGAUAUUUCUAUCUGGAAUCACCGCCAGUGAUAAUAGUACUUUAGAGGAAAGUCUGGAGAUCGGUAAUUUAGCAAAGAUUCAUGAAAACAAUCAAAUUAAUCAGGAAAUCACUUGGAGCGAUUGGUCACCAUGUUCUAGAAGUUGCGGAGGAGGUAUUUCAAGGCAACAGAAACGAUGUCGUAGAAAGCCAUGCAAAAGCAGACCAUGGAACAUCAAGUACAAAGUUUGUAAUAUACAGCCUUGCGCUACGCCUUUCGAUUUUCGGUCGAACCAAUGCUCAAAUUAUGACAACGUACCCUACAAUGAUCAACUACUUAAAUGGUAUCCGUACUACGAUUCUUCGCGACCUUGUUCCCUUAUAUGUCGGGGUGAGCAAUUUAACAAUAACAAAUAUAAUAAAGAUAACAACAGCCGCAGCAUUGGAAACAAUAACAUGGCCAUCUCGUCAUUGAGCAAUCCAGCGACUGCACGAAAAUAUACGGUGAAGGAAAAGCUGCUGACAAACGUCCAGGAAUAUGAUGUGGAUGAAUCAUCGAUCAUCGUGCAGUUAGCAGAUAAAGUGCAUGAUGGCACAAACUGCUACCCCGAGGCCGAAGGCGUUUGUAUUAAUGGCGAGUGUAUGAGAGUUGGUUGUGAUAUGAGAAUCGGCAGUAAUAAAAAUCAAGAUGUAUGCGGCAUUUGUGGAGGUGACGGAUCAACUUGCAACAUUAAAUAUACUUGGACGCUAGAAUCUACAGCUGAUUGUUCUGAAUCGUGUGGAGGAGGAUUUAAAAUUGCAACAUCUGUGUGCAAAUCCAGUGGGGUAGAAGAAAAAAUUGUAGACAAUUCGAAAUGUGUCUUGGACCUUAAACCAGAUAAAGUUCUUUUACCAUGUAAUACUCAUCCAUGUUCGACGAAAUGGUUGACUGGCAAGUGGAGUGAAUGCAGCAUCUCUUGUGGCAGUGGUUCGAGAAAUCGUGCAGUUUUCUGUAUAGAGGAAAAUGGAAACGCCACUAGGAAGGUUCCAGAUUAUAAGUGCAGUAUUAAUCAUAAGCCAAAAUAUGAGGAAAUCUGCAAUACAUUUUCAUGUCCUAUGUGGGAAACCGGAGUAUGGAGUGAUUGUUCCGUGUCCUGUGGUUUGGGCUCAAAAAGACGUACAGUUGAAUGUCGACAUGGCAAUGGCCAGCUUUCUAACGAUUGCAAUCCACUCCAAAUGCCUCAAGCUGAGCAAGAGUGUAGAACAAUAAACAUUGAUUGUUCAAAUUAUGAAAUAAAGGAAUCUUUAAGGCAGCCAUAUCCACCGGCACCGAUACCUGAAAAACUUAUAGAUCAACCUGUGCCAUCUCAAUCAACAUUCGUAGCAGACGAAUGGUCUACGUGCAGUGUUACUUGUGGUGAAGGAGUUCGACACAGAGCAGUGCACUGCAAAAUAUUUCUCGAAUUCAGUCGCACGAUAGCUAAACUGCCAGACCAUCAAUGCACGGGUCCCAAGCCUAUAGAAACCGAGAGGUGUUUAAUGGAGCCAUGCGGACUCGCAGAGAAUAGCUUAGCCUAUAGAAUCGAUACAGUCGGAGACAGCAGCUACGCCGAGUCCAGUUUAACCGACUCGUUCAAAUCAUCCUCUUCGGCUGUCUCAGGCGGUGGGAUUAGUGGCGGUUAUGAAAGCAACGUCAAAGUCGCUCCCGGCAGUCCCGUUAGAACAUCUUACUCGUGGAAGGAGUUAGGGUAUACCGCCUGCAGCGCCACAUGUCUAGGAGGUGUUCAAGACCUAAUAAUAACCUGCAUUCAAGAUGAUACUGGAAAAACUGUAAUGCCUUUACUAUGCACAGCAGAGACCAAGCCCGAAUCAAGAAUAAGAGUUUGUAAUGAUCAUCCCUGCCCACCAAGAUGGAACACUAGUGAGUUUUCAUCGUGUAUGAGUCCGUGCGGCCUUGGCAUUCAAACGCGGGAAGUCAGCUGCAUCCAUGAGGUAACACGCGGUACCGGAAAUACGGUAGCCGUGCCAAAUCACAUGUGCCCGCAGCCUCCGCCCGUCGACAGGCAAUAUUGUAAUGUCUGGGACUGUCCAGUUGAGUGGCACGUAGCCGAGUGGAGUAAAUGUUCAAAGACGUGUAGUGGAGGUAUAAAGAAGCGUAAAGUUACGUGCGAACAGGUGAUGGCACAGGGCCGUAAACAGUCGCGUCCGGAACGCGAUUGUCCUUCACCAAAACCCCGAUCAGAAAAAGAAUGCAAUAAUCGACCUUGCGAUCAAUUGAAUGCAGGCAUUCAGCCAAUUAUAACUAUUAAAAAUACAACGUAUAUUCAAGACGAUCCUAACAAGAAAGUUAAUCUCGACAUAGGGGGUCAAGCAACAAUUUUUCAAGGCACACCCGUCAUCAAAAUCCGCUGUCCUGUUAAAAAGUUUGAUAAAACACACAUUAUUUGGAGAAAAGAUGAUGAAGAGCUACGAAAAUCAAGAAAGCACAAGAUCAACAAAAAGGGAGCUUUAAAAAUUGUGAACAUCAAUUUUUCUGAUAGUGGUAUAUAUUCAUGUUGGGCUGGGCAGACAAACGCUGCAAUACAUCUCACAGUAAAACUAAAGUCUCGUGAUCUAAUGAGUAACGAAGAAGUUUUACGUUCGGGAAAUGCGGUACACCAACGCCAAGGCACUCAUCUUAGUUCUGCUCCAAUUAAUCCCGAGCCAUUCUAUGGUAUAUAUGGCGAGGACAAUCAAGAAACUCAUCAUGAAAGUCAAAAAUCACCAAAAACAACAGAAAAACCCCGAAGAAAAAAACAGAAACAAGUAGGGAGUCCUUUGCCUGUUGAAUCUACUGAAAAAUACGAGUACUCUGUCACACCACUACAUCAACCGAUAGCGUCCACAGCUUCUUCUGGUGCCUCCACAUUGAUGCCUCAUUUCAGUCAAAUUAUGACAACUUUUAAGAACUAUUGGUCAUUCCACGAUCCUACAUUAUUAAAUUCCAAACGUGCAAACAUCAUCACUCAUCCUGGAAACUAUGCGCAACACGAAUUAAGCUCAACGUUGGCAAUAGAUAACCGACUUCCUUUAUCUGAUAUCGAUCAUCUUGAAAAAGCUAGUCCAUUCAAAUCUAUCCGCGAACGUUAUAACUUAUUCCAAAGUGACAAUAUAGCUAUUCCGGAUAAUGUUUUUGGUCCGGACGAAGAACGCAUUUUCAUAGACGAUGAUCCCUUCGAAGUAGAGGAGAAAUUUCUUUCGAUUGAACACCAAGAUAUACCAGUACAACAUAUGCCUAGUGUCACUAUGCUAAAUUUUAAAACUCAGCCAACACAUAUUCAACAACAAUACAAUAAUAUUGAGGUUCAUCUUGACAGAAAUCAGAGAGGCACUCAAGAUGAAGAACAAAUACAAAACAAAUUGUAUGAAGCCGAAGAAUUAAAUAAAACAAAGGGAAAAAACUCCCCAACCUUACAACCCGAGACAACGAAUAAAAAGAUUCUGGAGAAUUUUGAUAUAGAAGAUCAAGACGUUACGGUUACACCAAUUUACUUUAUUACGAAUAAUUCAUCGCAUUCAUUGGAAUCAAUUUCAGAAGAAUAUGAAACUACAGCGAUUGCAAUAAUAUUAAAUGAAACAUCAAAUGAUACGUUAAACAAAGAAAUGAUGACUACGAGCAUAAUAACAACAAUAUCAACAAUAAAUGAUACAGAUUCAUUAAGAAUAGAAGAGAAUAAAGAAAGACAAAAACACCGUAUAGAUUUAGAAAUUUUUCGUGUAGGAAAAAAAAUGGAAAGAACUAUUGGAAUCUUUGAAAUGGACAACCAGAACGUAACACCUAUUAUACUCGGUAAUGAAAGGAAGGAUCACACACCUACUAUUGGUUCAAUUUCAGUAUUCAAUAAAGCUAAAGAUGAUUUGAUAUUUGAAUGGGUUACAACAGACUGGUCUGGAUGUUCACAAACUUGUGGCGGUGGUGGCUUUCAGAUGCGUGGAGCUCAAUGUACAGUACGUGCGGCAAAAAGCGAUUCAAACACGACACAAAUUGCACGUCGAACGAUUAUAGGUACGUCAUUGUGCGAGGAUGCAAACUAUCCCAUGCCUGAAAAAGUACGAGCUUGUGGUGAGGGUAAGUGUCCACAAUGGCAUAGCGGCUCAUGGACCCCUUGUGAAACUUCUCGCUGCUUUGACUGGAAAACAGCAAUGCAGAGAAGAGAAAUUAGUUGCCGCUUGAUUGAGUCAGAAGACAAAAUAGAAAAUUCAACCAUCAUAGAUGUAAACAAAUGUAACGAAGCAAUGAGACCACCACAAAGGCAAGAAUGUUACAAUGAUGCAUGCAAAGGUGUUUGGCGAGUUGGAGAAUGGUCAGAAUGUACAGCUUCUUGCGAAAAGGAUGGAAUUAAGUAUCGAAUUUUACAAUGCGUCUGGUACGGAACUAAAAAACCAGCUGGUAAUGUUUGUGGAGAUACACCACGACCACCUGUUAUGAAAACUUGUCGGGGACCACCAUGUUCCAAAUCAUCUGAUGAUUGCAAAGACCAUUCACAGUUAUGUGGACGCGUAAAACUAUUGGGAAUGUGUCACAUGUCUCUGUACAAAAAGCAAUGCUGCAAAUCUUGUAACCAAGAGUGAUAUGUAUAAACUUAAAAAAAAUCCAAUUCGAUAUAAGAAAAAGGAGAUCCUAUAGUAAAAAUUGAC